UUUACCGACUUUAACAGUGUGGCGUUUUUUUGUAACUUCGCUUCAUUCAAGAGACGACGAUGAAGAUUUCUUCCUCGCUCGCGUGACGACGGACUUUAUCACGGUCAGCGCGUGAAGCCGGGAGGACUCAAACUGAAUUCCCAACACAUCAAGGUGGAUCGUAUCAGCCCUCUGUCCAUGAUGUCCUACAGAGGUAAAAAUGACUUGUGCCGAAUAUGUGGAGGCGGUCUCCAGGGAAACCAAAGGCGGUGGCUGUUUCAAGGCCAAAACAAGAAGACUGGUCAGCCUCAGACCCCGACAGAGUCCCUGAGAGGAGGAAGCCUGUCCAGAUCCUCGCAGAGCAGCCCCUGGGGCAGCACUUUAUCCCUGGGAUCCUCCGUCUCUCUGUCAAAGUCCCAGCUAUCCCUGAGCUCACCCUCUAAAGGAAUGGAUCUGCUCUCUGUGUUGACCCACAUACUGGGGCAGUCUGUUUCACGGGGCAAUGGGCAGGGGGAGUUUGUGUGUGGCAAAUGCAUGUGCGCCCUCGAGCGGGUGUUCAAGUUCGACUCGGUGAUAGCCAGGGUGAGGGUGCUUUCAUCUGAGAGGCUUCAGAAGCUGACCCAGGAGAGGGACAAGAUCAGGCAGUGGGUUCGCCAAAAUUACCGCCAGAGACACCCACAGGACUUCCAGAGCAGGGGCAGCACCAGUGAGGAGGAUGGCGACGUGGAGAAGGAGGGCUACAGGGAGAUGCUCAAAGAGAAUAUGGCUCUUUCAGAGUAUGAGUGCUGGUCCGAGAAGUGGGACUCAUGUCCGUAUUUUAUAAGAACGGGUAAAAGAUGCAGCAAGGGUAAAGGAUGUGAAGGCUGUGAUUCCUUGCGAGUGUCAGACUCGGAUUAUGAGUCAGUUUGUGGAGUUCCCCGCCGUAUGCCUUUCCAACCUUUCUCUCCUUUAGCAUUGUCCCGGGAUAAAUCCCAGAGCAUGCCGCUCCACUGGCAGAAGGUGCCCUCCAUCUACUCCAGUCCUGCUUCGCUGGCGGGGUCCAGCCUCUCCUUACGGGCGUCUUCCCGCACAGAGUCCAUUCAGUCUCUGGACUCUCUUGAUGCCAAUGACCCCUUUGAUUCACCAGGUGAUCAGGCAGUCAACUUUGUGCUCAAGGAGCUGAGAUGUAUUGAAGGAAAGCAUGUCAUUUCGCCAUCAGGGAGCAAAAUCCCAGUUCUGGGCAGGAGGAAUGGAAAGUAUUCAAGAGAAACCGGAGAGAAGCUGUUACCGACUAUUAAUCGGGUGCUGAACUUUGGGGAUGGGGAGAACGGAGGGGAUGAAACUGAUGAAGAGUACGGAGACAUCCUGACAGAGCUGAGGGACGAGUUCAUGCCUCUUCAUCGAGAGAGCACCACAGGGAGGGUUCACCAUGCUGUCAGGCACUUGCAAGGUCAGCUGGACCAAGCUGCGGCCCGCAUCAGGACUCUGGAGGCUGAGCUGAAACAUGGGAAGAGUAAACCAACAGAAGUCAAUGGAUCAGAGGAGUGGACCUCUCUGGCCCAGGAGGAAGGUGGCAGUUUCCUGCUGCAGAGUCUCGGUCACUCCCUGCACAGCCGGGAGCGUUUGAUUCAGGAGUGUAUGGGUCUGAUCAGAAGACUGUGUGUGGAGGAGGGGGCAGGGUCUGAGCUGGCCGACAAGCUGACUGAGAAUCUGGGCGAGAAUCUGAAAGAAAUUCUCUCCAACAACAAGACUGCUCUGAAGAGUUUGAUGUCUGAAAUAACUGCCAAAGAAAAGGCCACGGAAAAUGAGAUCGAGGCACUGAGGAAGGCUGGAAGAGACAGAGAGAGAGACCUCGACACACUCAACACUGUGCUGCAGUGCAACCAGUAUAUUAUCAAUGAUCUGCAAGUGGCUCUGCGGGAGAAAGAACGACUGCUGGAGGAGGUGGAGAAAGAGAGGGAGGUGUGGAGACAGCGUGACAGGGCCCUCACUGCUGUCCUGCAGGAGAAGGAGACUCUGAUCUGCUGCCUCAAAGAGGAGCUGGAGAGCUGUCAGAAAGCUGUGCAGACGCUCUCCGACUCUGUGAUUGGUCAAGGACCGACGGGGGGAAGAGCUGAGGCGGCUCUUGCCUCUCAGCUGAAGGAGAAGGAGAGUCAGCUGGCAGCCUUGUUGAAGGAAAGAGAGGGAAACAGCACCACCAUGUGCCAAGAGGUCACCAAACUCACCGCGGCCCUGCAGGAGUCCCAGACUAUUAUUCAGAAUCAGCAGGAGAGUCACAGCCAGAAAGUUUCCUCUCUGACGGAUCAACUCAAAGACGUUCGGCAGGAGCUGAGGGAGAAACAGAAGCACAAGAAGGAGGCUGAACGAGUCCUGCAGAACGACCGUGAGGACAGAGACAGAGAAGAGAGGAAACUGAAGGACAGCCUAGAGAAGAGAGACAAACUCAUAGAGCAAAUCCUCUUGGAUGCUGAGGAGCGGGACCAUCUGUUCAGAGAGCUGCAGCAGAACCUACAGAAGAACCGCACACUGUGACAGAUUAUAUAGCUAGGUGAUAAACUGACAGGAUGCAAACUUUCUGCACAAACGGAGGAAUACUUUGCACUUUCUGCACCACCUUUCUGCCUCUUUGAAAUAUUUAUCGUGGUGUAUAUUUAUAUUUAUCUCCACAUAUUUGAGGUUUGCAUUUACAGACCUGUUUUGUCCUGGCACAGGGCUGAAGGAAAGCUUAAUUUUCCACAAUUACUACUAAACUCUCUGCAAUGAAUAAGUCAUUUCAGAUGUAGAGAGUCAGAUGUGGUCUGAUUGUUCUCAGUAUGGAGAGAUGUCAGGCUCUUUCUUCCUAUAGCUGGAUGUUCAAUACUUGACUUAAAAAUCACCACAUUUAUUUAACUGUAUAGACUUGAUUUUUGAAUGUAAUGGGUUUAAUGUUUAGGUAGUGAUUAGGUUUCAUUUCAGUGGGAUGGUUGCGGAUACAAACAUUUCUGAAUGGUGUGAUUGUCAGUGAAUCCGAGUGACAUUUAUUGUGUCCUUAAGGACAGGAGCGGGUACGGUAUUGCUUUAAGUCUGGAUUAGCAUUACUCUAUUCUAUGAAGCUUCUGGCAAGUGUGUCUUAUUGUGUUUAUCUUUUUACUUUCUCUACUGCCUAUUUUUGUU